CGCACGCACAAGUGAAGUUGAAGUCUCUGUCAUGUCAAUGUUUUUUUUCUUUUAAUAUUCGUCCUUGAAAAACAGGAAGAUAAAUACAAAUCAUGGCUCAAUUUCAUUACAGUUCCCCUUUAAAUGUUUUACACGACUGAUGGAUUUUUAUAUUACUUUUUUCUUGACUCCAUUUGAAACAUUUAUUUAUGACAAAGAGCUGGUGUGUGGUGUGGAAAAAACGAAUUAAGUCGCGGGGAAUUUAUUUUCAACAUUUCCAGGAUGGAUGAUACGCAAGAAGCACUUCGAAUACCAAGUAUAAUGGAGAAACAGGCUCAAUUUCACCUGCACGUGGAUCGUCCUCUGUACGAACAAGAAGUUUUGAACGAAAUUUAUAAUUACGAGAAACCAAGAGCUACCAUGACUUCGAAAUUAAAGAAAACCAUGACACCAAAUAAUUUUAAAUCAUAUGCGGCGAAUACAAUACCAGUUGUUAGAUGGCUGAAAAAUUACAAUUGGAAAGAGGACAUAACGAGUGAUAUAAUUUCUGGUAUUACUGUUGCAAUUAUGCACAUUCCUCAAGGCAUGGCUUAUGCCAUGUUGGGCAAUGUACCGCCAGUUGUUGGAAUUUAUAUGGCAUUUUUUCCUGUACUUAUUUAUUUUAUUUUCGGUACAUCGAAACACGUAUCAAUGGGAACCUUUGCUGUUGCGUGCCUGAUGACGGGUAAAGUUGUUACUGCUUUAUCAAAUGUAGAUAGUAGUUUAUCAAAUGCAAAUUUGACAUUACUGUCAAAUGAAAGCCAAUCACUUAAUUCUCAAGGUGGUUAUACCAAUAUACAAGUGGCAACUUCCGUUACCUUCAUGGUUGGAUUAAUUCAGUUAUUGAUGUACGCGUUUCGAUUGGGAGUUAUAAGUACACUAUUGAGUGAGACUUUCGUCAAUGGCUUCACAACUGGAGCAGCUAUUCAAGUACUGAUUUCUCAAUUUUCCGAUCUCUUUGGUGUCAAAUUGCCAAAACGAACGGGAUAUUUUCAGGCUUUACAUACAAUAAUAGAUCUAUUUAUUCGUUUACCAACAAUGAAUAUUGCUGCUGUCAUCAUAUCAUCAGUUUCGAUCAUUAUUAUGGUCUUCAAUAAUGAACUGUUAAAACCCCGCAUUAGUAAAUUAUGUAAUUUUCCGAUUCCAAUUGAAUUGGUGGCGGUGAUUAGUGGAACGUUAAUUUCAAAUUAUUGUAAUUUACCAUCGGUCUAUGGAAUUCGAACUGUUGGACAUAUUCCAACUGGACUUCCAAAUCCUGUGAUACCAAGUUUUGAAUUACUGUCAACUGUUGCCUUGGAUAGUAUUUCAGUGUGUCUUGUUUCUUAUACUGUCACAAUGUCAAUGAGCUUGAUUUUCGCUCAAAAACUUCAAUACGAUAUUGAUUCAAAUCAGGAAUUGUUAGCAAUGGGAGCAGGGAAUAUUUUUGGAUCCUUCUUCUCUUGUAUGCCAGUUUCUGCAUCUCUGAGUAGAUCCUUAAUUCAGCAGACAGUUGGAGGGAAAACGCAAUUAGCGAGCGUUGUUUCUUGUUUUCUUUUACUUUGCAUUCUUUUAUGGAUAGGUCCAUUUUUCGAGCCGUUACCAAGAUGUGUACUAGCCUCGAUUAUUGUGGUCGCCUUGAAAGGAAUGCUGCUUCAGGCUAAGGCAUUGGCUAAAUUUUGGAAAUUAAACAAAAUUGACGGAAUCAUUUGGAUUGUGACCGUUCUUUCUGUAGUAUUAAUUGAUUUAGACAUUGGAUUAUUAGUAGGACUUUUAAUGUCACUAGCAAGUGUUUUAUUGCUUAGUGUCAAAUCGUACACUUGCGUUUUAGGAAAUGUACCAAACACUGAUUUGUACCUGGACCAAAAUCGCUAUCAAGGGACAAAGGAAAUCAAUGGAAUAAAAAUAAUUCACUACACGGGAAAUUUGAAUUUCGUGACUGAGAGACAAUUUCGAACUGAAAUUCAAACAGCCAUUGGUAUUAUUCCAAGAAAAAUUCUCAAACGUAGAAUAAAAUUGUCCAAACGAGGCUUAUACUUAAACGAUGAUGACUGUGAUAGUUUAGAUGUGCAAUUUAUAAUAAUUGAUAUGAGCUCGUUGACUUACACCGAUCCAACUGGUGUUAAAACAUUACGAGAUAUUGUCGAGGAAUAUAGUCAAAUUAAAAUUCCAGUUUAUUUCGCGGCAUGCACGGUAUCGGUAUUUGACAAUAUUCAAAAAUGUGAUAUUUACGAAAAAGGGAAGCCUAGUUUCAGAAUUUUCGCAACGAUCCAUGAUGCAGUAUUUUAUUCUCAACAAGUACAUUCACAAAGGCCACUUCCAUAAAAUAAUGGUGUCCAAGACAGUGCAUUUUUUUUUUCAAGAAUGCUGCCAGUCGCAGAUUUUAGAUAUUUGUUUUUAGGACUCAAUUUGAUACAGUGAUCGUCUUGCGUAAUAGAGCGAACACGCAUGUUUUACAAUUAAACGUAUAAACUUCCGUGUACAAAGAUAUUUUUCUAUGAAGCAUAAAAAAGAAUGUUGAAUCUCAAUAUACUACUCAAAAAAAAAAAAAUCACUGUAAAACUCAGGAGAAAAGAAUAAUUGUAUAUUAAAUGUUGAUUAAAAAAAAUCUAAUUUCACACAA